GCUGCGGAGCUGGCGGAGAGCGUCGUCGUCCGGCUCUACGACUCAGUCGCCUCGUCUCUGUCCGCUUAGCAAAAAUGGCAACUUUGGUGGCAAACCGAGCGAUGGACCUGAACGGCCUAGCCGCAGCGGCGAGGACGCACAGCCAGGCCGUGACCAGAAACUACAUCUCCCAGCCCAGGCUAACGUACUCGACUGUUUCUGGUGUAAAUGGACCCCUGGUGAUCCUGGACAAUGUGAAGUUCCCAAGAUAUGCUGAAAUUGUGCACCUGACUCUGCCUGAUGGCACCAAGAGGAGUGGGCAGGUGUUGGAGGUGAUUGGAAGCAAGGCCGUAGUUCAGGUGUUUGAGGGGACGUCAGGUAUUGAUGCCAAGAAGACGGCGUGCGAGUUCACGGGCGAUAUCCUGCGCACACCGGUGUCAGAGGACAUGCUGGGACGCGUUUUCAACGGCUCGGGCAAACCCAUCGACCGCGGGCCCAGUGUGCUGGCUGAGGACUACCUGGACAUCAUGGGCCAGCCUAUCAAUCCUCAGUGCCGUAUCUACCCAGAGGAAAUGAUCCAGACAGGCAUCUCUGCUAUCGAUGGCAUGAACAGCAUUGCCAGAGGACAGAAGAUCCCCAUUUUCUCUGCUGCUGGGCUGCCCCACAAUGAGAUUGCAGCCCAGAUCUGUCGCCAGGCUGGCCUCGUGCAGAAGUCCAAGGAUGUGAUGGACUACAGUGCAGAAAACUUCGCCAUAGUCUUUGCAGCCAUGGGGGUCAACAUGGAGACCGCCCGCUUCUUCAAGUCAGACUUUGAAGAAAACGGCUCCAUGGACAACGUCUGCCUGUUCUUGAACUUGGCCAAUGACCCCACCAUCGAGCGCAUCAUCACGCCACGCCUCGCGCUGACCACAGCUGAGUACCUGGCGUACCAGUGUGAGAAACACGUCCUGGUCAUCCUGACUGACAUGAGCUCCUACGCUGAGGCUCUCCGAGAGGUGUCUGCUGCCAGGGAGGAGGUGCCGGGCCGCCGUGGCUUCCCUGGUUACAUGUACACCGAUCUGGCCACAAUCUACGAGCGCGCUGGCCGAGUGGAGGGCAGGAAUGGUUCCAUCACCCAGAUCCCCAUCCUCACCAUGCCUAACGACGACAUCACCCAUCCAAUUCCUGAUCUGACGGGGUACAUCACUGAGGGGCAGGUGUACGUAGACAGACAGUUGCACAACAGACAGAUCUACCCACCCAUCAAUGUGCUGCCCUCCCUGUCUCGUCUAAUGAAGUCUGCCAUCGGUGAGGGCAUGACCAGGAAGGACCACGCUGACGUCUCCAACCAGCUGUACGCUUGCUACGCCAUCGGUAAGGACGUGCAGGCCAUGAAAGCUGUGGUGGGAGAGGAGGCCCUGACGUCUGAUGAUCUGCUGUACCUAGAGUUCCUGCAGAAGUUUGAAAAGAAUUUCAUCGCUCAGGGCCCGUAUGACAACAGGACCGUGUACGAGACCCUGGACAUCGGCUGGCAGCUGCUGCGAAUCUUCCCCAAAGAGAUGCUGAAGAGGAUUCCUCAGAGCACGCUGGCCGAGUUUUACCCGAGAGAGUCUACCGCUCGCCACUAAGGGGGGCAUUAGCGAGGCGUUGGAGAGGGGGGGGGUGUCAUUCUGAAACCCUCCAUUCCUUCUAAUUCACCUUAGAAAACAAACUUUGCAUCACAGGGGCCACUGAGACUGAUGAUGUCUAGCACCACCCUGCCGCCAUCUCCUGCUUUAUCGCCUGUUCUUCCAACUCAUCUCAUUCCCAUUUUCAUGCCCCCCCCCCAAAAAAAAAAAACACCAGCCACCUCAGCAAGAGAGCAGGGCAAUAAUCCCCCCUCCCCCUUUACUCUAGAUGUUUUAUUGUAUUGUUGUGCAAAGUCUUAAAUGGAAAGUGUCUGUGACUGUAAUGCCUACCCUGAAACUGCAAAGCGCAAACUUACCCCUUCAGAUCGUAGACCAUUCCCUGGUCCUGUGCUGGUGUGCUGCUGCUGGACUUCUUUGUUUCUUGGUACACACAACGUUGUUUUCCCACCCGGCAACGAACUUCCAAAAUGUAGAUAUAUCUCAUAGACUUGAGAUGUAUUUUUAAAGUGAAUUAUUGUAUCAUUUGUAUCGCAUGUUAACAGCUUAAAAAGAGUCCAGUUGGUUCGAUCUCUCGCUGUUGUGGCUCGUCAUGUCGGUAACCUCAUCUGGCUUCAGGUGACUGUCAUGGAGGAAGUUUCUAGUGGUCUCAAACACAUUUCGAGGGCUGUGUGGAAAGAGGUCUGUAAAACUAGUGGGUGUGCGUUAAUCGGAGGGGCCGACACUGGACAGACACCAGGUGAAUUCAGAGCUGUAUGUAGACCCACCUUUAUCUCAGUGUAUGAACUUGUUAGUCCCCUUUUUUUGGUACAUUUUGCACCUUGUGGUUACUCUGGAGAAAAUACAGCAGAAGUUUACAUCAUUUGAUUUGUGUUGUUCAUGAUUACGUAUGUGUGCGUGUGUAUAUAUAAAAACAUAUAUAUUAUAAUAUCAGUGAACACAACUGACUGCAUAAAUUGAUUCCAUUUUGUGUAUCUAUUGAUUUGUGUGCAUAAAUAAAUUGUUGUAA